AUGCAUAACCACAUUCCAGCUUUGUUAAAUCAAAACGAUGUCCUCUCUCAAAGGAAGGAGGUUUCACAAGCUGCAGCUGAUUUGAAGCAGUUUUGUCUGCAGAAUGUACAUCAUGAUCCUUUAUUAACAGGGGUGUCUUCAAGUACAAAUCCAUUUAGACCACAGAAAGUCUGCUCAUUUCUCUGACUUUGUGAAAUAUAUGGCUACUUUUCAUAACUUUCUUACAACUUUCCCUAACUAUAUACACGAUAUCUGUCGAAGCAAAGCGAAGCAACUGGGAACACGUACUGAAACUUUGCAUCAUUGUGCCAAUUUAGAUCUAGGAAUACUUUUACUGUUGUCAAACUCUUACAAUCUACCUCUCUGAACAAACUGUAUGCUUGCUACAAUAACUUCUGUAUCAUGAGGGAAUCGAUUUUAUAUACAAGCAAUAAAGAUUGCCUUAAUCA